CUGAGUUGAUAUUUGAUAUGGUGUCACAUUUUUGAUGCAAUUAUAUGCCAAGAAUACGACUUAGAAAAUUGCUGUUUGAAUUUUAUGUAGCAUGUGAAGGAUUUCUUGGAAUCAGCUGGGAGAACAUGUUGUUUGUACAAAUGAUACUAGCUGUGUUUGUAUUAAUCAGUAUUGGAGUUGGAACAGUGUAUCAGGUGUCUGCAAACACUAUGGCUCAAAAUAAUAGUGGAACCCAUGUUGGCAUCAAUUGUUUCCAAUGUCAUAAUUAUGAUGGCAUUGACAUAAUGAGCCCUGGGAAUGAAUCAUUCACAAUGUCCUGUUCGGAUGAGUUUACAUUGAGUAACACAAGCUCUUACACAAGUUCAGGGAAAACCUGUGUCACCUGCUUGAAGAUAUGGGAAGAGGUUGGCGAUGAUGGAGACUAUAAAAUAACUCGUAGAUGCUCAUCUGAGGCUAUGUCAGAUGGUUGCCAAGUAACAGGAAUGUGGGGUCAGGAAAAGAAAUGCUACUGCAGCACAGACUAUUGUAACCAUGGCAACCAGGUUAUCAGGGAUACCUUCUUGGUUGUCAUGACAACUGGAUAUAUGAUGAUGACUUCCUAUUUGUAGAUACA